AUGAGGCGUCAGGAUGAUGACAAUACACCAAAGCCAGUAACUACUACAACAACACCAGAGCCAGAUACUACUACAACAACACCCGGUUCAGUAACAACAACACCCGCCCCACCGAAGCAGCCUCCCCAAACAUUCUAUGUACCAAUAUUCGUUCUAACUGCUCUUUUUGGUGCAAUGUUUAUCAUUGGACCACUUUUAGUCCGUAAAGGACCCAAUAGUGGAAUAACAAGAUGUUGUAUCAUGAUCUCUGCAUUCUGCAUGUGGAUAUUCUGGACAACUAUGUACAUAUCACAAAUGAAUCCUCUCAUGGGUCCACGCCUGCAUAACGCGUCACUAGCCUGGUUGGGACACAAAUGGGGUAAGAACCCGAAAUCUCUGGCCGCCCUGGAAGAAACACCAUAA